AUGCCAGGCCUGAUCAACAAGGGGAGUCAGAAUGCUCUGCCUCUCAGUGUCUGCGAGAUCACUUCCUGUGUCAGAGGUUACACCCUGGCCCUGACAGCAUCCAUGACCUACAAUAACUUCGAGGACAAUCCUAUUGAGGGUGUCUUCAUUUACCCGCUGGAAGAAUGCUCUACCGUGGUGGGAUUUGAAGCUAUGAUCUCCAACCAGAUAAUAACCGUGCAAAUCAAAGACAAGUCCAAGAUUGAUGACUGUUACUUUGAUUGCUGCACUACAACUAAUGGUGCCCUUCAGAGUGGCAGUGGACAUAUUGUGCUGGAUGAGGACUUGGAGAGGACAGUUUUGGUGGUGAACCUGGGGGUCAUCCCCCCUCUGGAGACGGUCAACGUGUUGGUCAGCACCUCCUCUGAGCUGCCCACCCUGCCCAAUGGGGGUAUCCGGGUCACCUCACCCACCGUGUGCACCCCCAGGGUCCAGAGGACCAUCAACGAGGAGCAGGGACUCUCCCCAAACUUCCACAACAGAGCGUAAGAAUACCGUGACAGACUGUACAUGGCUCAGCUGCUGGAGGAAGAGGCCAUCAACUCCAUUGACUAUGAGUUUAGCUUCCAGCUGGAAAUCAGAGCCCCGUGUCUUUGUGCAGGUGUGGAAAGCCCCUCUCAUGCCAUCCGGGCCGACGCAGACCCCCUGGCCCGCUCAGCCACCAGCGUCGUCAUCACACUGGCUGACAAGUACACCUACGACUGCCCUGUGGAGAUCAUCAUCUACCCCAGUGAUCCUCAUCUGCCUCUUGUGCUGAUUGAGGAUGGAGACAUGACACUGGAGGAGUACGAUGAACACCUCACAGGGAAGAGUGACUACAUCAAGGCCAUGAAGAAGGACUCCAGUAAUGAAAAGAAAGUGGAUAUCAUUCGUAAGCGUCUCCACAAGGACAUCCUCCACAACCCUGCGGUUAUGCUCAACUUCUGCCCAGACCUCAAGUCCAUGACCUCUGACCUGAGGAAGGUGCAUGGAGAGUUCAUCUUCCUCAUCGACCGCAGUGGGAGCAUGAGCGGGGUCAACAUCAGCUGUGUCAAGGAUGCCAUGGUGGUGAUCCUGAAGAGCAUUGUGCCUGCCAGCCUCUUCAACAUCAUCGGCUUUGGCUCCACAUUCAAAACACUGUUUUCUACCAGUCAGAGCUAUGAUGAGGAAACAGUAACCAUGGCUUGUGAGUACAUCAGAAAGAUCCGAGCUGACAUGGGCGGCACCAACAUCCUGGCACCACUCAACUGGAUCCUGAGGCAGCCCAUGCACGCGGGUCAUCCACGCAUGCUCUUCCUGCUCACAGAUGGGUCCGUCAGCAACACAGGGAAGGUCAUCGAGCUGGUCCGCAGCCAUGCCCGCUACACCAGGUGCUACACUUUCGGCAUCGGUCAGAGUGCUUGCAGGAGACUGGUGACUGGACUGGCUACUGUUUCCAAAGGAACGGCAGAGUUCUUGGCAGAAGGGGAGAGACUGCAGCCCAAGAUGAUCAAGUCUCUGAAGAAGACCAUGGCCCCAGUGCUGAGUGACAUUGCCAUCGACUGGUUGUUCCCUGAGACCAAGGAAGUGUUGCUCUCCCCUGAAGGCUCCAGCUUCCUGUUCCCUGGGGACCGUCUGAUUGGCUACAGUGUUGUCUGUGACACCACACGCUACCAUCCCAACCCCAAGUCUGAUAAGAGGAAGCACUACAGUAUGAUGCGUUCCAAUGACUCAGGCAGCUCUGUGUUCUACCACUCCCAAGAGGAGGACACAGGGACGACUACGGGCUUCUCUGACUGUCAGGGAACCCACAGGGACAUACACUUCAGCCCUCUGUUUGACUCCUACCAAGACUCCAUGUCAGAGAGCAGCCCUGGCCCCACAAAGCAUAACGCCAUGGGUAUGGACAGUAAAACGUCACCUAGAAGACAUGGGUAUAGCACCAACCAGAUAGUGGACUACAACCCCAAUAUGAAGAAGACCUACACUCCCAGUGACCCCAGCUCUGUAGAGGGGAAGAACCCGCUGAGGAGAGCUAAGGUCCAGGAGCUGAUUGGACAGACCAGCCCUGACUAUGGAGCACAGUGGAAGACUGAAUGCCAGCCACAGCUGGUGAGCCUGUGUGCGACAUCUGCCACGGCCUUCAGGGGGUGCCCUACCAAUGGGGCUUCUCAUAGGCCCUCCCCCCAGCAGGAGGGGGCUCCCCAGGAGGCGGAGCCAGAGCAGGCCCACUCCAAGCUGCAGGCCAGAGCCACCAGGAGCUGGGCUUAUACAGAGCACGCCUUAGGAGGAGCCAGGAGCACCGUUGGGGAGGACGGCUCGUCCUCCACUGACCCCUCUGUCAGCAGCUUCGGAGACGCGGACUGUUACCCUAAUCAGCUGUGUGAGAUCGAAACCCCCCAGGAGCCUCCAGCAACCCCAGACCUGAUCUUAGCCCCUCAGGACAGGGACGUGGGGAAGGGGUUCUGUAAGGCUGUGGUGUCUGGCCUGCUCUGUGGGAAGCCAGUCAAGUGGGAGGUGACCUUUGACAUAGAGCCCUACCUGAAGGGCAGAGAGCGGGAAGAGAAGGUUCACGAGGAACUCUGGAAUGAAACGUUCCAUCACCUGGCUGGACGUUCCAUCAUUCAGGACUUUGAGCACAUGGUAGAUCAGGAGUGUGAGAUUGAGCAUGGUUCUGGUAGAAGAUACCAGUUAUAUGCCAUUCACACCAGCAAGGCCUGUAACAUUCUCAGUAAAUACACUGCCUUUGUGCCUGUUGAUCUGGACACUAAUGAAUAUCUACAGACCUAUAUCGACUACAUCAACCCAGGUAAAGGUCUUAAAAAGGGCUCUCGCUCUGGGAACAGGAAGAACCGGGGUUACUCCAUCGGACUGGGACGCUCCCAGUCUGGCUGCAUGUCAGAGGAGGCUGAGGACGGACACCUGCCCACCACCUCUCAGAGGAGCCCGUCGGUGACCUCAGACCAGAAGUCGGUGGAGAGCCUCUUCUCAGCCAAGCUGACUCUCAACCGGACGAGACUCCUGACCCGGGCUGCCAGGGGCUUCAUGUUUCGCUCACACAGCAAAACCAGCGACUCUGUGGGGGAGAGUGAGAACGAGAACAAAGACUACAUUCCUCUGGUGUCCUUACAGUUGGCAUGUGGUGCGUUCUGCCUAGACAGCGCUCUGUGUGAGGCCAUCAACGUGCCCAUGGACAAGCUGAAGUGGACGUCUCCCUUCACCAGCCACCGGGUCAGUCUGGGUCACCACGUCUCCCACUCAGCCAGCUGCCGCUCAAACAGCAGCGCUGCAGACGACAGCCACAGGUCCACCUCUCCAUCUCCGUUUGAGAGCUCAGCUAAGGAGACAAAAACCAGCCUGGCAGGCCACCACCAGCACCAGCCUGGAGACCUGGUCGUCAGCAGCCACAGACAGGGGGGGCACAGCCCCUCUCACCUGGCCAGGAGUCCACGGACUGAGGGUUGGCCUGGGUCUUCUCCUUCCUUCCUGGGCGGCUCCUCCACCCCUACCUCCUCCACCUAUGCCGAGCACCCUCUCUCCCCUCACUCCCAGACAGACAGCGGAAGGGGUUCGGAGUCGGAGAGCGUGGAAACCCCCCCAGCAGCGCCCCCUGGUGGCCCGGGGUCCAGGAAGAGGCUGAAUACGGAGGGCAUGGUGUGGGCCACGGCUGUAGCCUUGGCCUGGCUGGAGCACAGCUCGGCCAGCUACUUCAUAGAGUGGGAGCUGAUAGCCGCUAAGGCUAGCAUGUGGCUCAGUGCCCAGACCAUCCCUGAAGGAAAGGACUUAGCCUCAGUCAAGUCUGCUGCCAACCAGCUCUUUAUCAUCCUCAGACACUGGGACGAGAACCUGCAGCUCAACAUGCUCUGCUACAACCCCAACAGUGUCUGAGGCUGAUUGCAUCGCAUGCACCGUCAUCCAUCCGGACAUAUUCAA